AUGGCAAUCCCCUAUUCUGCCCACCCCUGGAUGUCGAGGGGAACAUGGACAGAAGAUGAAGGCCGGUACUUGCAGGAGAAGAUGCCUGGGGAUCCCGGAUCUUCGCUGGAGACUGCUGGAUCCUGGCUCAUCUGAAUUGGAAAUAAAAAUUAAGUUCAUUACAACGGAAGGAUACAGCUUCUAAAUCAUGCAUGACCCAGAUGUAAAGUACGAGCCAUGCAGUACCAUGGAUACAACAGAAGGCGAUCACAUUGCCAUGACAGAUUCUCAUACUGUGGUGGAGAUUAUGGACCCGGUUCUGAAUGGACUUCGCAAAUCAGAUAAUCCAAAGAAAUCCUUACAAGGUGCUACCUUGAGCUUCUCUAAGAUCAACUACAAAGUCAAGACAAAGACUGGAUUUAUAUGUUGCAGAAAGGUUGUGGAGAGACAAAUUCUCUCUAAUAUUAAUGGGAUUAUGAGACCUGGUCUUAAUGCUAUUUUGGGUCCUACUGGCAGUGGCAAAUCAUCGCUUUUAGAUGUUCUUGCUGCUAGAAAAGAUCCUCAUGGGCUCUCUGGUGACGUGCUAAUAGAUGGAAAGCCACAACCACCAAACUUCAAGUGCCUCACUGGCUACGUUGUACAGGAUGAUGUUGUGAUGGGGACAUUGACUGUUCGAGAGAACCUGCAAUUCUCUGCAGCCUUAAGGCUACCCAGAACACUGAGGCAAAAGGAGAAGGAUGAGCGCAUCAACCAAAUCCUCAAGGAGCUGGGAUUGACUAAAGUGGCAGAUGCUAAGGUUGGCACCCAGCUGAUUCGUGGAGUGUCUGGAGGAGAGAGAAAAAGAACCAACAUUGGUAUGGAGCUGAUCACCGAUCCAGGGAUCUUGUUCUUGGAUGAACCUACUACUGGUUUGGAUGCCAGUACAGCCAAUGCUGUUCUUUUACUACUGAAAAGGAUGGCAAGGCAAGGCAAGACCAUAAUCUUUUCCAUACACCAGCCUCGCUACUCCAUCUUCAGACUGUUUGAUUCCCUUACCUUGCUGGCUGGGGGCAAGAUGCUGUACCACGGGCCUUCUGCCUAUGCACUGGAUUACUUCACAGAACUAGGAUAUGUCUGUGAGGAGCACAAUAAUCCUGCUGACUUCUUCCUUGAUGUUAUUAAUGGAGACUCAACAGCUGUUGCCUUAAACAAACUGGAAGAGGUGGAUCUAGAUACAAGAGAGCCAAAUGAUAGCGGCUGUCAAACUGUGGUAGAUAAACUGGCAGAUGACUUCUGCAAUACCAAUUAUUAUAAAGAGACUAAAGCAGAGUUGGACAAACUGUCAAGCGGGGAAAAAGUGAAGACCAAUUUCUUUGCCAGGCAAAUCACAUACAACACUUCAUUCUUCCAUCAGAUGAAAUGGGUCUCCAAGAGGUCCUUUAAAAACCUUUUGGGUAAUCCACAAGCUUCAAUAGCCCAGAUAAUGGUUAGUAUUGUUCUCGCGCUUAUUGUUGGAGCUAUCUUCUUUGGUGUGAACGAUGAUGAAAAUGGAAUACAAAAUAGAGUUGGAUCUUUGUUCUUCAUAACUACAAACCAGUGUUUCAGCAGUGUAUCCGCCAUUGAGCUCUUCGUUGUGGAAAAGAAAAUAUUUAUACAUGAAUACAUCAGCGGAUACUACAGACUAUCAGCAUACUUUUUCACCAAGCUCUUUGCAGAUAUGCUUCCCAUGAGGACAAUGCCAAGUGUUAUUUUUACAUGUAUUAUCUAUUUCAUGAUUGGAUUCAAACAUACAGCAGGAUCUUUCUUCACCAUGAUGUUCACCUUGAUGAUGAUUUCCUACACCGCAACAUCCAUGGCUUUAGCCAUUGCAGCUGGUCAGGAUGUGGUUGCUGUCGCUAACCUUCUCAUGACCAUAUGCUUCGUCUUUAUGAUUAUAUUUUCUGGUUUAUUGGUAAACGUAACAUCCAUUAUGAGUUGGCUGUCUUGGCUCAAAUACUUCAGCAUACCUCGAUAUGGCCUGACUGCUCUGCAAGCAAAUGAAUUUCCAGGGCUAUAUUUCUGCAGAAAUACUACAUUGAAUCAGUGUAAUGCAAGCAGCCCCGGUCUCGUGACCUCUGGAGAACAGUAUCUUACAAAUCAAGGAAUUGACUACAGUGCCUGGGGUUUGUGGCAGAACAACUUGGCAUUGGCUAUAAUGACCCUAAUAUUCCUUACGAUUGCUUACCUGAAGUUGAACUUCAUGAAGAAGCUUACAUAAACUGAACUGAAACCAGCACUUUAAUUUGCCACUAAUCCUAUCUGUCUAUAUGUACAUAUGUUUUAUAAGCCAAAUCAGUAAGUGACCUCUCAAUCCCUGUCUUUUGGCAUACGUCUAGCAGACAACUGCGAGUCUAACUUGUGUGCCAAGAGAGCUGGGAGUGAAUUGAAAUGGCACAAAAAACAAAUGCCAUUAAAACAUUGAAAUGUUUGAAUGUUGAGCUGUGCCACUCAAUGGUUUACAUUUCCAGGAGGGGGUUAAUAAUCUUGGUUCAUGUUUUCCAUGUUAUUAAUAUUCUUUUACAGUCAUGUAAAUUAAACUUGGAAAAUUAUUUAUGGAUAAUAUUCAUAAUAUUCUUUAUUAAUGUUCUAAUUCUAGUAACAUUUUUUUUUGUUUUUUGUAGCAAUAACCAAAAUUGUUUUGUAACAGCUGUUAAUGAAGUUUUUUUUUAAUGUAAAAUGCUAUGCAUUGUUUGCAUAGAAGCAGGUAGCAUUAUAAUUUUUUUUUUUUUUUAGGCAAAAUUUGUU